AUGGAUCUCUCAACAGCCAAACGCACCCUCAUCACGGCCAACCACAUCCUCCACCACCAGGGCCAAGUCCUCGACGCCUACGGCCACAUCAGCGUGCGGCACCCGACCAACCCGGCCGUGUUCCUGAUGGCGCGCUACGUGCCCGCCGCGCUGGUCGCCUCGCCCGACGACAUUGUCGAGUACCGCGUCGAGGACGCCGAGCCCGUCUUCCCGCACGCCCCCAGAGGCUACACGGAGCGCUUCAUCCACUCGGAGCUGUAUAAGCGGUUCGCGGCCGUGAAGAGCGUGUGCCACAGCCACGCGCGGGAGGUCAUUCCGUGGGGACUGCUGGGCGGAGGGUAUUCGGGGCUCAAGGCUUGUGUCAACACGAGUGGAUUUCUGGGGAAAGAAACGCCCGUCUUCGAACCUCGUCCGCAUUUCAGGCAGGGAGACAUCAAAGACCUCCUGAUCCGCUCCGAGCACCUCGGCGCGGCACUUGCGGCAUUGUUCACCAAUACACCCGGCAGUGGCGGCAACCUUGACCGGAGCGUCGUAUUGAUGCGAGGGCACGGCAUGAGUGUGGCUGCCACGUCGAUCGAGCAUUGUGUUUUCCGUUCCAUCUACACGAGAAACAAUGCCAUUGUCCAGACCACGGCGGUGAUGCUGACGAGCUCGUUGACGCUGGGAUCCAAUGCCCGCAGCCACGGGGAAGACGACGACAUAGCGGCAGACCUGACGUUUCUCGACGACGAUGAGGUGGCCGAUUGCACCGGGAUCAAUGAGAAGACAGUUCUCAGACCGUGGACUGCCUGGAGCAGGGAGGUUCAGGCGAAUCCAUUGUAUGUGAAUCUUGCGUAG